GUACAAGUCGUACUAAGUGCUAUCUGCUACACUACAGUUCCCAUGUUGCCUUUCGUCUUUAACGCAAGGCGAUAGUUUUGCCGAACGACAAAUGAAUUGAACGUUGAGCAGUUUCCUCUUUAGCUCCGCUUCUGAAAACGCAGUCAUGAGGAAUCUUUGGUCCAGGUGUGGUGUUUUUGGGUCAGUGACUGCAGCCUUUGGCUCGGUGCUGUGGUCACAAAAAUCCACCGACUCAGAGCCGGCUGCUCUGAGUUCCACCUCCGCUGACACAAAUUCCAGCUCUUACAAACUGAAACUGGUCCAAGUCCUGUUCCGACAUGGUGCUCGAACCCCGUUAAAGUCAAUACCUGAUGUGAUAGAGGCCCAGUGGGUGCCGACGCUCUUGGAGCCUCCAACACACACGAACAUCAACUAUGUAGUGACAGACCUUCAUGGUGGCCCCAGGCCCCCAGCUCCUAUAGAAGACAGCUAUCGGGCAAACACACUGACGGGUGGCACAUUUCCUGGUCAGCUAACCACACUGGGAAUGCAGCAGUUGUAUGAGCUGGGCAAGAGGCUAAGGACGAAAUACAUUGAGGAGAUUCCCUUCCUCAGCUCCACUUUUAUCCCAGCUGAGGUCUAUGUGCGCUCCACUAACAUUGUGAGGACCAUUGAAUCUGCCAAGUGUCUGGUAGCAGGGCUGUUUAAGCAAAAACAAAAAGGAAUCGUUCAUAUAGAGACAACAGAUGCAGAAAAUGAAAUUCUGUAUCCAAACUAUCACGGAUGCCAGCUGCUCAAGAUCCUUGGCAGACACCGCUGGGCAGAGUCGUCCACUCUGCCAGACAUUGCAGCAGACCUGCAAAGCAUCCAGGAUGCACUGGGCAUCCCUGCUCACCAGUCUAUCAACUUCAUCCUCAUUAGGGACGACAUCGUUGCCAGAGAGGCCCAUAAUCUGCCCUGCCCACCAGAGCUGGACACAUGGAGGAAGACAGUGGAAGAGAGAGCUGUCGAUACAAUAUGUUAUGUCUAUGAACCCAGCAAGAGCGAGAACUUGCAGCUGUGUGUGGGACCACUGCUGCACAUGAUGUCAACCAACAUGGAGGAGAAACUACAGGGCAACUCAUCGGAGACAAACAGAAAGCUGUUCUUGUAUUCUGCACACGACACAACUUUGGUUCCCUUUCUGAUGGCUCUGGGGAUUUUUGACAUGAAAUGGCCUCCGUACGCUGCUGAUAUCACCCUGGAGCUGCAUCAGCACAGAAAGACCAAUGAGGCCUUUGUUAAAGUGUCAUACAAUGACCAGGAUCAACUUAUUCCAGGUUGUAGUGGAGUCUACUGCCCCCUGCAGGAGUUCAAAAAGGCUGUUUCAGCAUACUCGCUGAGUUUAGAAAACCACCAGUCCCUUUGUAACAGCACUGAGGGCUUAACCAAGCCCUGAACCCUCAACAGACCUUUACCAGUGACAUUUAACACUGAUACUUGCUUCAUGUUCAUUUAACAUCUUCAGUUUUCACAGCAUCCAGCCUCCAUUUAGUUUUACCUCACUGUCAGACUACAAUGGACAAGUUAUACUGUAGCCAUUUUCAGAGAUCAUGUAGUUAAAAUCAAAGUCUACCUCUCCAUAUGAACACUGUAAUAAAGUUUAUAGCUUAGAGGAAAUGUAACACAAAACACUGGUGAAGCACAACAGCACGAUGCAUAGAUCAUGCAGGAACAGAUGCACUGAUGAACUUGCAGCAGAGUAUCCUUUUGUGUUUUGCUCUAUGUCGAGAUAAAUGUGGCUCUAAAAUAUUGGCAUGUGUAAAUCAGUCAAGUUAUUGAUCACAAAAACAUAAGACAUUUGAAUUUCAUUGCUACCCCCAUUAGAUGGCAAAUAGAUGAUUUAGAUGAAGUUCUUUCCUAUAAUGGCUGGACUUGAACAAGUUUUACUAAUGGUUCUUGAACAUGGUUGUGUCCAGUUUUUCCUGUAAUAAAGAAAAUAUCACCCAUUAAAAAGGCAUGACUUGA